AAACCAGGAAAGGAAGAAGAAGAGGAGGAAGAGGAGAUGGAAAAGAAACCAGAUCCCCUGCACCAGCUUAUCCUGCAUUUCAGCCGGACGGCCCUGACGGAGAAAAGCAAACUGGAUAUAGACUUCCUGUAUAUGGCCUAUGCGGACAUCAUGGCAAAGAGUUGCCACAUAGAUGAGGGCGAGGGUGAAGAAGAAGGCGAAGAAGAGGAAGAAACGGAAGCUUCCUUUGAGGAGAAGGAGAUGGAGAAGCAGAGACUUCUGUAUCAGCAGGCCCGCCUACACAACCGGGGGGCGGCCGAGAUGGUCCUGCAGAUGAUUAGCGCCUGCAAAGGGGAGCCGGGCGCCAUGGUCUCCUCCACCCUGAAGCUGGGCAUCUCCAUCCUGAAUGGCGGCAAUGAGGAAGUGCAGCAGAAAAUGCUGGAUUAUCUGAAAGAGAAACGGGAGGUGGGGUUCUUCCAGAGCGUCCAGGCCCUCAUGCAAACUUGCAGCGUGCUGGACCUCAAUGCCUUUGAGAGGCAAAACAAAGCCGAAGGACUGGGCAUGGUAACGGAAGACGGGACAAUCAUCAGUCGUGAAAAUGGAGAGAAGGUGAUGGCGGACGAUUUGUUCACACAGGACCUCUUUCGGUUUCUGCAGCUCCUUUGCGAAGGGCACAACAACGACUUCCAGAACUACCUGCGCACGCAGACGGGGAACACGACCACCAUCAACAUUAUCAUCUGCACCGUCGAUUACCUCCUGCGGCUCCAGGAGUCUAUCAGCGAUUUCUACUGGUAUUACUCGGGCAAGGACAUCAUUGACGAGCAGGGCAAGCGCAACUUCUCCAAAGCCAUGGCGGUGGCCAAGCAAGUCUUCAACAGCCUUACCGAGUACAUCCAGGGUCCGUGCACAGGGAACCAGCAGAGCUUAGCGCACAGCAGGCUGUGGGACGCCGUCAUUGGCUUCCUCCACGUCUUUGCUCACAUGAUGAUGAAGUUGGCCCAGAUGACCCAACCCCCAGGACUUCGAAACGGCGAUUCGAGUCAAAUCGGGCUUCUGAAGGAGCUGCUGGAUCUUCAGAAGGACAUGGUGGUGAUGCUGCUCUCUCUGCUAGAAGGGAACGUGGUGAACGGCACCAUUGCACGGCAGAUGGUAGACAUGUUGGUGGAAUCCUCCAGCAACGUGGAGAUGAUCCUCAAGUUCUUUGACAUGUUCUUGAAGCUGAAGGACAUUGUGGCUUCGGACGCCUUCCGGGACUAUGUCACGGACCCGCGGGGCCUUAUCUCCAAGAAGGAUUUCCAGAAGGCCAUGGACAGCCAGAAGCAGUACACCUCCUCCGAGAUCCAGUUCCUGCUCUCUUGCUCGGAGGCCGACGAGAACGAGAUGAUCGACUACGAGGAGUUCGCCAACCGCUUCCAGGAGCCCGCCAAGGACAUCGGCUUCAACAUCGCGGUGCUGCUGACCAACCUCUCAGAGCACAUGCCUCACGACAACCGCCUCAAGGCUUUCCUGGAGCUGGCAGAGUGCAUCCUCAACUACUUCCGCCCCUACCUGGGCCGCAUCGAAAUCAUGGGCUCCGGCAAGCGCAUCGAGCGCAUCUACUUCGAGAUCAGCGAGACCAACAAGACCCAGUGGGAGAUGCCCCAGGUGAAGGAGUCCAAGCGGCAGUUCAUCUUCGACGUGGUCAACGAAGGGGGGGAGUCGGAGAAGAUGGAGCUCUUUAUCAACUUCUGCGAGGACACCAUCUUUGAGAUGCAGAUCGCGGCGCAGAUUUCGGAGGAGGAGGGGCAGGAGGAGGAAGAGGAGGAGGAGGAAGGCGAAGGGGCCGAAGGCGGAGAAGCCGAGAAAGUGUCGGCGCCCUCAGAGGCCUCCUCGGCCUUUGGGGAGUUCGUGGAAAGCGUUAUCAGCUUCUUCCACAUGUUCACCUACCGCAACGUCCGCCGGCAGUUCCGCAAGAUCAAGAGGAUGACGUUCAAGGAGAUGGCCGUGGGGAUAGCGACUUUCUUCUACACCGUCUUCAUGGGGAUCCUCUUCUUCUUCUGCAACGUCUUCAAGGGUAUCUUCCUGCUUUUCUUCGGCGGGGGCCUGGUAGAGGAGGCCAAGAAGAUCACCAUGACCGAACUGCUGGCCAGCAUGCCCGACCCGACGCAAGACGAAGUCCACGGAGACGUAGCCCCCUCGGAGGAAGUCGAGCAGAUGGCGGAGGAAAGGGAGGAGGCGGAAAUGGCGGAGCCCGGCAAGGAAGAAGCCCCCGCCGAAGGCGACGAAGUCUUCGGCGUAGACGGAAAGAAAGAGCAUUUCCGGUCCAUGGCACCCGAUGCGCCGGGCGGGCUUGGGGAUAUGGGAGACACCACCCCCGUGGAGCCUCCCACACCUGAAGGGUCUCCCAUCUUCAAGAGAAAACUGAUAGAUGAAGGGGAGGAGGAAGCAGAACCAGAACCAGAGAAGAUUGAGGAACCUCCAGUGGAGCCUGAGAAAGCAGAUGCUGAGAACGGAGAGAAGGAAGCCAAAGAGGAGGAGAAGGAGGAGGAGGAGAAGAAGCCAGAGCCACCUGCCAAGGAGAAAAAGAAAGUGGCCCAGCGGGAGAAGAAGGAGACCGCGGACGGAGGAGGCAUGGCGUUUUGGAAUGAGCUGGAGAUCCAGAGGAUAAAAUUCUUGAAUUACUUAUCCAGGAAUUUCUACAACCUGCGGUUCCUCGCCCUCUUCUUGGCUUUCGCCCUCAACUUCAUCCUACUCUUCUACAAGGUGUCAGACACCCCCCCUGGUGAGGAGGAGUUUGAGGGUUCCGGGUUCGAAGGGGAUCUAGAUGCGGGCGCGGGCUCCGGCUCCGGCUUCGGCGGGGACGACGACAGCGGAGACGGCAACGGCAACGGGGACGAAGACGACGAGGACAGUGUGGUCUACUUCUUCGGGGGGGAGAGCACGGGCUACAUGCAGCCAGCCCUCCAGUUCCUGUCCAUCGUCCACACGCUGGUCUCCUUCCUGUGCAUCAUCGGCUACAAUUGCCUCAAGGUGCCGCUGGUCAUCUUCAAGCGGGAGAAGGAGCUGUGCCGGAAGCUGGAGUUCGACGGCCUCUACAUCACGGAGCAGCCGGAGGACGACGACAUCAAGGGCCAGUGGGACCGGCUGGUGCUCAACGCGCCGUCGUUUCCGAGCAAUUAUUGGGAUAAAUUCAUCAAGAGGAAGGUGCUGGACAAAUACGGCGACAUCUACGGGAGGGAGAGAAUUGCGGAACUCCUGGGGAUGGAUUUGGCCAGUCUGGAGAUCACAGCGCAGAACGAGAAGAAGCAGGAGCCAGACAAGUCUCUUCUCACUUGGAUCACCUCCAUCGACAUCAAGUACAAGAUCUGGAAAUUCGGAGUGAUCUUCACGGAUAACUCUUUCCUGUACCUCUUCUGGUACAUGGUGAUGUCCCUCCUCGGCCACUACAACAACUUCUUCUUUGCCUCCCAUCUUCUGGACAUUGCCAUGGGCGUCAAGACCUUGCGGACCAUCCUUUCAUCCGUCACCCACAAUGGCAAACAGCUGAUGAUGACGGUGGGGCUGCUCGCGGUGGUCGUGUACCUCUACACCGUCGUCGCCUUCAACUUCUUCCGCAAGUUCUACAACAAGAGCGAAGACGAGGACGAGCCGGACAUGAAGUGCGACGACAUGAUGACGUGCUACCUGUUCCACAUGUACGUGGGGGUGCGUGCUGGCGGGGGUAUCGGUGACGAGAUCGAGGACCCGGCGGGAGACGAGUACGAGCUGUACCGUGUCAUCUUCGACAUCACCUUCUUCUUCUUCGUCAUUGUCAUCCUGCUGGCCAUCAUCCAGGGUCUGAUCAUUGACGCCUUUGGGGAGCUGAGAGACCAGCAGGAGCAGGUUAAGGAGGACAUGGAGACCAAAUGUUUCAUCUGCGGGAUCGGCAGCGACUAUUUCGACACGACGCCGCACGGCUUUGAGACCCACACGCUGGAGGAACACAACUUGGCAAAUUACAUGUUCUUCCUCAUGUACCUCAUCAACAAGGAUGAAACAGAGCACACUGGCCAGGAGUCCUACGUCUGGAAGAUGUACCAGGAGCGCUGCUGGGAUUUCUUCCCUGCCGGGGACUGCUUCCGCAAGCAAUAUGAAGACCUGCUGGGCUAGGCGCCUCCCUGCCCCCCACCAAGGGAAGGGGGGGGGACGACCUUCUCUGGUCCACUUCCCUGUCCUCCCCCCUGGGGAAGGGGGGCAGUUACGAUGCAGGGUGACACACCCAUCCUGGCCUUUACAAAAAAUAAUAAUUCGGGGGGUGGGGGAGGAGCAGGACAGGCCAACACCACCACCCCCUUGCCCCCAUCAUCACCGCAGUUCUUUCCAUCUCUUGUCGCUGACCCCCAAAUCCCCCCUCCCUGGCUACCUGGGAUGAAGAGACGUGGUUUCCUGCCCUCUGGAGAAAAACGAUCCGAUUCGGGACUGCUCGGGCGAGCUUGCACCCGGGGGCCCAGUUAGCUUCAUACCUGGCCAGUAACUCUUGGGUGGAUUUCUGCCCUACAGGGAGGGAGCGGGGGUGGGGGGGGAGGAUGUCCAUGCAAUAUUUCCCUUCCUGGGUCAAAGGG